AUUGUACCGUUAAGGAAGUUUUAAGAUUCAUGCCGCCUGUGCCUGUACUCUCUCGUACUAAUACAAAAGACGAAAUGUUUAAUGGUUACUUUAUUCCAAAGAACACACCAUUGUUUAUCUCCAUCUACGCAAUCCAUCAUGAUCCCUCAAUUUGGGGUGAUGACACUGAAUAUUUUAACCCAUCUCGGUGGCUCAAUCCAGGAAUAACAUCAAAUACAACCAGUUAUAAUUUCAUACCUUUUAGUACCGGUCCAAGAACUUGUGUGGGAAUAAAAAUGGGAAUUUUAGAAGUUAAAACUAUAUUAGCAGUGAUUAUUAGAAAUUUAGAGUUUAAAUUAGUUGAAGGUUUUACAUUUGGAGUAAAGUGGAGACUAAAAGUUGACGAUAAUGGAAGACAGACAUGGCAUUAUUUAGAUGAAAAUGAUAUUAAAAAUUAUCAUCAAUCCUCCAUUGAAAAGUAUUGGAUUGGAUUACCUUUUCAAUCCAAAACUUUUGAAAAACCAAAAAUAGCUUUCGAAGCAGCUCAAAAUGGAUUCGAAUUUUUUAAACAAUUACAAACUUCAAAUGGUCAUUGGGCAUGUGAAUUUAGCGGAUACAAAUCUCAACUCUGA